GACUGACGAACUGUGCAUCUUUUCAUGUCUGCUGGGCACUUGGAUAUCCUUUUGUGAAGCGUCUGUUCAGUUCUUCUGCCUGUCUUUCCAACAGAUGCUAUUUCCUGUGUUUGAACUUUUCCGUAACGUCAGUCACUAGGGCUUAUACCAGUCCACUUCCAGUGGCUAUUGGGCAUUUGGAUUUCUUCUUAAACAAACAAUGAAAAAACACAGCUACCAAAAAUCAGCCUGCAGUGUCAAAAGGCAUUUACACAGGAAGUUCCUACAACGAGGUGCUUGCCAGUCGCCCUUCCCCAGAUCCUGAAUGCACCCCUGGCCAGGUGGCGCAGAGGACAGUCACUCUGCUGGUCAUGCUGAGCUCAUACUCUGAUGGCUGUUCCAUGAGGUCAAGACUGGGGCCCCUCCCUUCUCCCACUUUACCAAUGCCUGGUCUCAUGGGGUUAGUUUGGAGCCCACCACGAUGGCAUCAUCAACCUCCUCCCCGGCUCCUGGCUCCAGGUCCAAGAAGCCUCUGGGCAAGAUGGCUGGCUGGUUCAGGCAGGCCCUGUCGAGGAAGCCCACGAAGAAGCCCGUCUCCCCAGAAAGCGCCCCCAGCGCCGUUUCACAGCCGAGCUCACCGCACAGCCCCCCAUCCCUGGGCCGCAGCUCAGAGGUGUCUCCCGUCCCUACACCGUCGCGCGGGGGCGCCGGCGGCGGCGGCGGCGGCGGCGGCGGCGGCGGCGGCGGCGGCGGCGGCGGCGGCGGCGGCGGCGGCGGCGGCGGCCGCUGGAGCAAGGACUACGAUGUGUGCGUGUGCCACAGCGAGGAGGACCUGGCGGCCGCCCAGGAGCUGGUUUCCUACCUGGAGGGCGGCGCCGCCAGCCUGCGCUGCUUCUUGCAGCUCCGCGACGCCACCCCCGGCGGCGCCAUCGUGUCCGAGCUCUGCCACGCGCUGAGCAGCAGCCACUGCCGCGUGCUGCUGAUUACCCCGGGCUUCCUCCGGGACCCGUGGUGCAGGUACCAGAUGCUGCAGGCGCUGAGCGAGGCCCCCGGGGCCGAGGGGCGCACCAUCCCGCUGAUGUCCGGCCUCAGCCGAGCCGCCUAUCCCGCCGAGCUCCGAUACAUGUACUUCGUGGACGGCCGCGGUCCCGAACGCGGCUUCCGCCAAGUCAAGGAGGCUGUCAUGCGGUACCUGCAGACCCUUGGCUGAUGCUCGAUCCAUCACCACUGCGCCCAGACAGUUGGAGAAAAGUGGGAAAUGGGGUUAGAGGGCCCAGGCCCUGGGAUUCCAGCAGACACAGAGUUGUAAGGAGUGAGUUUGCAGGACACUGUAUGUGACCCAGGGAUCAGACUGUCUGUGGCCUCCAUAUCCUUGGGCUCUCAGGAAGGACCCAGGGAAGUUGGGGAGCCCCUCCAGGAAGGCCUGGCGAGGCUGGGGACUCCCCCAGGAAGGCCUGGGGAGACUGGGGACUUCCCCAAGAAGGCCUGGGGAAACUGGGGAUCCCCCAGGAAGGCCUGGAAGAGCCAGAAAGCGGAGGUGGGAGGAAGUGCUGAUACCAAGAUAUGGCCCACGUGAUGCCGCCUGCGUGACUGGACAUGAAGCCUGGCAGGUCAUAUCUAUGUCUCCAUUCCCUGGAAUCAGGCACUGGUGUUGAGGUGCAUUCCUCUUGAAGAGGUGGCUCCCCUGAGUAAGGAGCUGGAAUCCUGGACCACUUGCCUCAGCUGCAUGGUUUUCCCAGGUGCCGGGGAAGCCCUGAGCAGGCGUCAGGACAAAGCAACAGGUAUGCUGUCUUUCACACUCACACUCCUGCCGGGGUCUCCCUGUGAUGUUGUUCACAUCUACAAGGUAUGUGGAAGAUGCCCUCAGCACUGUUGUUUGUUUCCACUGCACGCCUGUCAUUCAAGACCCACACCUAGAGACCAUUCAGAAGAGAUAGGAGAGAGCGGGGAGCAGGUGGGGCAAAGAGAAGGGAAACUCAGACCUUUUAGCUGGGAUCAAAAGCCCUCUCACCGAUCACUGACAUGUGGGGGCUUCAUCAGGGGUCUGGCCAGAACUCAGGCUUUCUCAUGCAGAGAGCCCCUCACCUCUGCACUCAGAGGAAUCAGUGUAUUUCCUCUGGAGGAUGGUAUGUUUUCAAUAAAACUUGUUGUUGAGCUGAAAUGAACUUAUUAUUUCCCUGAUGUAUACUUUGUGUCUCUUCAUCCACUCCCCCGCCCCCGCCACAUCUCCUUUUACUGAAAAAAAUACACACAUAUAUAUU